AUGACUCGACAAGUCACCAGACUGAUUAGCAACGUAACGUCAAAGCUCUUGUACUCUAGGCAGCUCCAGCAGUACCGCAACCUCGGAUCGGCACCGUCUCCUCCAGCGGUGUUUGUGGACAAGAACACCCGUGUCAUUUGCCAAGGCAUCACCGGAAAGAAUGGCACUUUCCACACAGAACAGGCCAUUGAAUAUGGCACAAAUAUGGUUGGAGGAGUUACCCCAAAAAAGGGUGGAACAGAGCACUUGGGACUUCCUGUUUUCAACUCUGUAGCAGAAGCAAAAGCUGAAACAAAAGCUAAUGCAUCAGUGAUUUAUGUUCCUCCACCUUUUGCGGCUAGAGCCAUUUUGGAGGGAGUGGAGGCUGAACUAGAUUUGGUUGUCUGCAUCACGGAGGGCAUCCCUCAACAUGACAUGGUUCGUGUCAAGGCUGCUCUUAACCAGCAGUCAAAAACUCGACUCAUUGGACCAAAUUGUCCUGGCAUUAUCAAGCCUGGAGAAUGCAAAAUUGGAAUUAUGCCUGGCUACAUUCACAAACCAGGACGUAUUGGAAUUGUUUCACGAUCUGGAACAUUGACUUAUGAAGCGGUUUUCCAAACCACUGCUGUUGGUCUUGGGCAGUCUACAUGUGUAGGAAUUGGUGGGGAUCCUUUUAAUGGAACAAAUUUUGUCGACUGCGUAGAAAAAUUUCUUGUGGAUCCACAGACAGAAGGCAUCGUUCUAAUUGGCGAGAUAGGUGGUACAGCUGAAGAGGAUGCUGCAGCCCUUAUAAAGGAAAGUGGAACCGCAAAACCUAUUGUUGCUUUUAUAGCUGGACUUACUGCUCCACCUGGUCGGCGAAUGGGUCAUGCAGGAGCUAUCGUAUCAGGAGGUAAAGGCACAGCGCAAGACAAAAUUAAGACCCUUAGAGAAGCUGGGGUUACUGUAGUCGAGUCACCUGCAAAGAUUGGCUCUGCAAUGCUUGAAGUCUUCACGCAGAGGGGUCUUGUUUGA